GAUCGCAAGGUUGAUUUCUGCAAAUCAGCUCUCGCAAUUCGUUUUCACAAAAUCGUUUUGCAAAACCUACGGUCAGCGAAUGGAAAACUGGUAAAAUACAGUGCACAAAGUGCUGGUGAUGAUGAAACGAUAGUGACGGUACCACAUAAGCUUGCGUACGUGAUAAAUUGCAGAAAGAAAAAGAAGGUGAAAACGCGAACGAUCGUAGGAGGAGAUCGAAUUUCGUCUCGACAAUCUCGCUAAAGAAUCUAUGAGCCCACCGAGGAUGGCAGAGUAUGGCGACUAAUCCCUUCAAGCAUCCGCCGCCGACUUCCAGCACUAGCGAGAACAACUGUAGCACCUACGACGAGUACGAUGAACAAGCGCCACUGCGGCAUUCGUCGGCACCAGCAACACCAGCAGGCUCAAGUGUCCCGUCCACACCGGACAGUAGCAGUAUCCUAAAGCAGCGUGCACCGUGCGCCUGCUCCAACAUCAGCAUUAUGCAGCUGUUCCACGAGAUGAAGCAGAAGUAUCCUACCGUCCCGGACACGGUCGUGUCGGAGCUGGUCACGCAGAACUGCCACGAUCGACCGGCGUGCGUGAGCAAGCUGGAGGAGGCCGUCCUCGGGACGCCCGCCCAGACGACCUACCCCGCCCAGUCGAUCCACAGCGGUAGCCUGAAGCGGCGCAGUGCGGAACAGCGGAGUCGACAGUCGGGCGGCAGCAGACAGGAUGGAAAUGGCUUUAGCAAUAGUAACAGCAGCAGCAACAGCAGCACCAGCAGUCGGGAGAGUAGCGUAGAUAGUAGCAGGUUGCGGGGAGCCAUCAACGGAGGGCCUCAGUUCGUGGUAAACUCCGUUGGUCCAUCUGGCGCAGGCGGGGGAGGAGGUCUUCAUGAUAGACUAGCAGGGGAUGGCAGAGUGCCAACAAUACCACACCGUCCUACGACACUCGCUUUCGGUACUUCGAGUUCCCCAAUGGGAUACGCGGGUGGUGGUGGUGUUGGUGGAAGUGGUAUACCACCACCUCCACCGACUCGCCCUCAUCGGACGGCACCGGCUUGCCCACCCAGCGGGUCGCUGGCUACGUCCACCAUAACGACCACAACGACCGCAAGCAGUAAUGCCGAUUUGGGUGAAACGGUUAACCUGCAGGUGAAUGUAACCGUAUCCCCCAAGCCUGGAGGCCCGCUGCAUGUCGGGCAGCGCCAUACUUCGACGAUCUCGCUCCAACCGGAACCACCGUACUCGCGGGAACUAGCCCAAGUUAGUAGUACCUUCAACAGUGGUGUGGUACCAGCGUCAGCAGGCCAUGCAGCCGGACCCUCGCAGGGCAAUUCAUCUGGUGGCGUCUCUGGAAGCAAUGGGAAUACCGUUGGAGCUGGCGGUGGAGGACGUAGCUCGACGUCGGUCAAUCUGACCUUGCGGCAACCGACAGACGGACGGCCUCACUCUCCCAUCCACAUCCACGCUAGCCCCCUCAAGUAUACGUCGGGGAACUUCAACGCCCAGGCCGGCAUCCAGUCGAAGCUGGAGGUUACCUUCGGCGAAGGUUUCGGGUCGUUCAGUGCGAUGCGUGCCCAUAUCCCCGGGUACGAAUCGUACCAGGGAACGCACAGGCCGUUGGACACACAGACGACAUCACUCAACACCUUACAGUAUCAACAACAACAACAACAACUGCAGGAGCCUCUGUUUGAGCAGCGAGAUAGCUAUCGAUAUCAGUCGCCCGGAACUGCGAUGCCAUCCCGCUUUCAGACACCGUUAUCAUCCUCCUCGCCUCUUCCCAGCGUGGUGCAUAGAGUGCAGACGCCCCGUGGUCUUAUGGGAGCCCUCAGAGGAGGGUCGCUGUUUGCUACCGGUCGGCAACUAGAGAACGAUGGACUUACGAAGGAAAUGCGGUACCAAAAUUUUGUUGUGGCAGAAAUGGCCGUCUCGCAGCAGCUGGAGCAGAAACAGAGACUAAGUCGUGAGGUGGAGAGGAAGCAGAUCCAGUUCGAGUCGAUUUGUCGCGAAAUCUUCGUACUGCAGCAACCCUUGCUGCACAUCGACGCGGAGCUGCUCGAUCGGGAGGUAUUGCUUUUAGCAGCGGAAGUCGAACAGCUACAGAAGGAGGUGGACUCGUGCGAUGAUGAGGAGGCUCGUGCAGCCGUUGCCAUAGGAUCCUCGAUAACGGACGGAUUGAGUGCACUGAGCGUCGAAGGAGGAUCACCAAUGCUCCCAUCGGGUGCAAGCAAUGCCGCGGUCGUUAAUCGUCCGCCACGUCCUCCGAGACCACCACCUCCAAGGGCCACUACGCAAUCACCGUCUCGUACCAGUUCCGGUAGCAUUACACCCGGUACUCCUCUUUUAGCUAGUGUUCCUUUCGGUGGUGGCUGUCCGGGGGCCGCACACACCUCUUCCUCAGGCUCUUCUCCCUGCUCAACGUCCUCCUCAAUAAACUACGGAGUAGGGAAUGGUGAUCCAACGUCCACUCGACUACAUCCUCCCGGCAGCAGCGCCAGCAACAUAGCAGGCGGUGACGAACAGGCAGCGGCCUCCGGCUCGAAUCAACCCUGGACCUGCACUCUUUGUACAUUCCAAAACCACGAACUCAUGACCUCGUGUGAACUCUGCACGUUGCCGAAAGCAUCCGGUAGUAAAACGCAGCUUCCCGAAAACGCGCAAAGAUCAGGCCUAGCGGUGGCCACCACCUCCAAUGCGGUCUCCGGGACAGACGUGUGCGAUGGUGGUGGUGUUCCUGUAGGUGUCGCUCUGCUAAGGCGUCAGCACCUUUCGGUGGACACAGGUGUUGCGGCGGCUGCUGCUGCGGCAGCGGCGGCUGCUGCGGCUGCUGUUGUUGGCGCGUCGGUCGGACCUUCAACGGCUCCACCUUAUCCGGGUGGUUGUGAAAUGCCACCACCAUCCUUUGCCUCCCUUUCCUGCCCUUCAUCCAACCCCUCGAUUGCGCUACAAACAACAUCCCAAACCUCCCAACAACUCCAGCAACCGGGCCAACAACAUCCAACCCAGCAGCAGCAGCAGCAGCAACAGCCGAACCCACCUCCGUUGCAAAAUGCUCAAUAUCAGAAAUCAUCCAUCGAAUGCUAAACUAACAAUGCGCGCGACAAAUGACCAAAGUGUGUCCGAUGGUGUUGCACUGCAUGACGAGUGGCCGGCAUAUAAGACGGAUUACGGCCCCAAUGUUUUCGGUAGGGCUUUUCAACAUAUUUUUUUUUUCUGCAUGCCAGAGAGUACGUGAUUUAAAGGACACUUGUGCAUGGUUUUGUACCAGACACGAUUUUCGUCCAUCGUGGUGUGUUGCUGUGUUGGAAUGGUUAUUUUAUUAUCUUUUUGAUUUCGUUUUUAUUACUACGAACACUUUAUGCUAACCAACAGUAUGAUGUUCUAAUUAACUACUAGUUAACUUCUUUAUAAAUGUAUGCCUUGCGUGGAUUGAUACAAAUUAAUGCAUUAUGGCCCACACCUUUAUUCACUUUAUACACGUUUGCAUAUUUAUCUACUCGAACAAACGCUUUGUCAGGUUAUUUCUUUUCCGCUCGUUUUCUCAACAAACGUUUCAUCCUUCCUUUCACUUGGGACCACACCAAGCUACCGAAAGAUGGGAAUCUAAUGUGAUACAUUGUGAGGAUGGAAAAUUAUGUCGAAAAAAAGUAAUCGACGCACUUCAAGUUAACGGUAGAGUUUCCGUCGGAAGAAUGGAGUUGUUUCAUUGGAACUGUGCUUCCUUCUGCUUGGAAGUAUUAUCAGGGAACUAUAAGUAAGAUAAAGCGCAUGAUAAGUGUAGAUUUUUUAUUAUAUUUAAUUAAAUUCAUAAUUUUACUCAGGCAGGAGAAAAAAAAAAUACAAAAACAGUUAACAGACUGUUUUUCAGACAAUAUUUUGGCAAAUACUUUGAUAACGAUCAUACUU